GUAAAGAAGACAGGUCAGACAAUUCACUAUGAAGAUUACUUAUCUUGUUUUUGCUCUUUGUUUGCUUUGUACUGUUGCUUAUGCAGCCAUAAUUCCCGACGAAGAAAAGCUCAAAGAUGGGACUUUAAACGAAUCUGACGAAGAAACGUCCCCAGAAAAAAGCAUGGAAAAGGAACUACAAGAAACUGUUGAUGAAGAUAACCUGUUGGAAGAUGAGGUCGACGAGGAAGCUAAUCCAGAUCUAGAAAAACGUUCACCUUAUCGUUACCGUCGUAGGUGUUAUUCCGGUCGCCGCCGUGUUUAUUACGGUCGCUGCCGUCGUUAUUACGGUCGUCGCCAAGGAUAUUUCGGUCGCCGCCGUCGUUAUUUCAGUCGUGGCCAACGAUAUUACGGUCUCCGUCGUCGUUAUUACAGUCGUCGCCGUCGUUAUUCCAGUCGAAGAUACAGCUACUAGUGAUAGAGAUCGAAGCCUUCAAUAAGAAACAUUUUUUACGUGGUUUUCCAACUAAAUUGUAACUUGCCUUAAUGUAGGAAAAAUAAUAAAUGCUUGCAAUGAUCAUUAAAUGGAUGUAAACGAU